AUGGCCUUUGGAAACAGUGCUGGCGAGGGAACAAAGCACUGCAGAAUACUCACCAAAAACUGCAAGGGACAGACUCAGACAGGGAUGCAGCUGAGCGCCACACCCCCUGCCACCCUGCCUCCACACAGCGCCACACUCCCUGCCACCCUGUCUCCACACAGCGCCACACCCCCUGCCACCCUGCCACCUUGCCUCCACACAGCGCCACACCCCCUGCCACCCUGCCAACCUGCCUCCACACAGCGCCACACCCCCUGCCACCCUGCCACCCUGCCUCCACACAGCGCCACACCCCCUGCCACCCUGCCAACCUGCCUCUACCCAACUCCACAUCCCUUGCCGCCCUGUAGUGACACCCUCCCAUCACAGCCCCCUGACCCCCGAAGCGACAGCGGCCUUAUCAGCAGCCUCAGGGUCACGGUGCGUGUGUCAGGGCGCGUCAAUCGGGUAUCGGGCGGCGGGUAUUGGCUUCAACUCAAAGUGACGCCCACACCCCCACCCAUGGCAGCCACACGCCCGCCCCACCAUCCCCCUCCCAGCACCGCGCCUCGUUCUGCCAUCUGCGCCCUCCAUCGGCUUAUCGAAGAGCUCACCGCCUCUCAGCAGCGUCAUUGCGCGGCAACGCCGGAGAUUAAUGAAGGUGCCCACACGCUGCCAAGGCCAGGCAAGGCAGCGCUGCUGACACGGGAGUAG